UUCUGCGUGCGCGCCGACGCCUUCGACGAAGACGACGACGACGAGGAGGAGGAGAAGAAGAAGAAGACGACGACGACGACGAACGACGCGGCCACUGCGCAGUUUCGCGGUUGGAACGCGGCCGUGUCGUCUUGCAGAUACGCACGUUUACGCGCGUGCAGCAGGUUCGGCUCCGGGGAAGUACGCGUGUUAGGUACUUUGAACCCUGGACCGGCCUCGUCGCCGUCGUCUUUGUCACAGGCGACUGAGCCAGUGGUUUCUCCGCAGGGGGUGGCGGUUAAGAUAAUAGAUGUCGCGCAAGGCAAGGACUACGUGAUGAAGAAUCUGACGAGGGAGGCGAAGGUGCUGUCGAUGCUGCAGCACCCGAGCAUCGUGCGGCUCUACGAGACUAUCCGGAGCGGAUCCGUGUACUAUCUCGUGACGGAACUCGCGACCGGCGGUGACCUGUGCACGCACAUUAAGGAACAGCCGACCGGUAAACUGGACGAGAACACGGCGCGGCUCUACGCCAGACAGCUGGUCGCCGCGCUCAAGCACAUGCAUUCGAGAGGAGUCGUUCACCGAGAUCUCAAAAUGGAGAACAUCGUGCUGCAGGACGAGCGCAAGGAACAGAUCAAGAUAGUGGAUUUCGGGCUCAGCAACAUUUACACCAGCGACGAUCCUCUGCGAACACACUGCGGCUCCCCGGAGUAUGCAGCUCCCGAGCUCUUUGUCGUAGGUAAACGAUAUGGUCCGGAGGUAGACUUGUGGAGUCUCGGAGUCGUCUUGUACGGAAUGAUCACCGGCCGAUUGCCGUUUCUGUGUCCACGUGACGAGUGUACGUCGUCGGAGAAACGUCGACGAAGACUAAUGAUCCAGAUCAAUAGAGGCCUGACGUCGACGCAGGAGAAGGCUCUGUCUGAGACGUCAACCGAGUGCAAAAGUCUGAUAAACCGUCUGCUCAUACCGACGGCCCACGAGAGGAUCACCAUUCGAGAGAUCUUCGAGCAUCCGUGGAUCCUCACGCCGUCGAAACGCAAUUUUCCCGCUCGCUUCGACAAGGAUUUGAAAACGUCCGAUCACGUCGCGAUAGUGAACGAGAUUGCGACGUCCAUGCGAACGACCGCGGCUACUGUCGAGGCUGAAAUAAUGAGACGAAAAUACGGGGAAAUCGGCGGCAUAUAUAAUAUAAAAGUUCACAAGUUGCAUGAAACAGCUGCUGCUGUUGCAACUUGCGAAUUAGCACCGCGACUUCUUCGAAGUUCCACGUGCCAAACUGAGGACGCGCCAUCGUCGAGCGUGACUAUCAGAACGACGAGGGGUAAUUUUCGAAACGGUACAUCCAGAGAUUCUUACAAUGUCGAUCGCGUGGUCGUCAUGCGACACGGCCAGGUGCAAGAUCGAUCGGUCAAGAAAUCCUCAUUACACGGUUCCACGACAUGGAACUGGCGAUGCCGCUCCGGAAACGGAAAUCGCUCUUCCGAGGAACGGAGAAAUUCCACUAGGAAUCGCUGCGACGUGACUACCGCGAAUGUGUCCUUAUCGCACCAACAAUAUCGUAUACCGCAAAUUAUGAAGAUUCAGGACAACAGGAUCUCGGAACAACGUUUACACAGAGACAAAAUACAAAAUUUCGUAUCCUGUACCGAUUCCAAAAGGGCGGGAAAAAUCGGAGGGAACUCGAGAAUCUUCGAAGUCAAUCGCGAUAUGAUAUCAUCGACUUUACGAACGAAUUCACGCAUUAGCAGUGAAAGCAUGCCUGCCUCUCGAAUCGGAGAAACUCACAAAAAAAUGCUUACUGCUCCCUCAUGGCGGUUUCGAGUUGGAAGUGCGAGAAUAAGAAGAGAUACGUGAAACUCGGAAUAUUUUUCGAACAAUUAAACAUUACUAUGAUCUUCGCAUUUUCUGACAAAUAAUACUCUCGUUAAAAUGCAUGUUUGUUGAGACAUCGGUGAUUAACUUCGUUAAAUCAUUUGUUUACCUACGUCUAUCGUCAAUUAAAAAAUAUCAACUAUCUCGUCUCUGUCAUAGAACUAAAUUAAUUUUAUUGAAAACUUGUUCUAUAUUGUG